UUUUCGUUUUGUUCUUCGGCCGUUUUGCGACACCGUUUCGUCAGCGAAUGCUGUGCAAUCGUUGCGUAACUUUUGUUUUGAUUGAUGUGUUACGCAUGGCUGACAUGAUUGCGCAAUACCGACGGAACAAAAACAAACGAGCUAGUGUGCUUGCUGACCACAAAGUCUGAAUUGACCUUGUGUAGGGCGACUUUGGUAUGAGCCUCGUGGCUCGUGUAUUAAAUGACUCAGCUAUAAGUCAGUAAGUGGAUUCGUCCAUUGCAGGGACUGGCACAGCGCACAGGUAGGUGGGCGAGAGGCAGGAGUUCACUAUAUGAUUAAGACGUCUUAUCACUGUAUCAGCUUUCAUAUCCUCGGAAAAAUAUGAAUAUUAAUUCUACUAGAAACCUAUCAAGUUAUGGUUAUAGCAAGUCGGCAGGUAGAAAAACAACAAUUCCUCAAAUCCAAGCUUUAUGCGUCAGUCUGUGCGGUGAAGCUGAAUGUUCAUGUUCGAUCUCAAUUUUGCAGAUGUUGGUAAGAGUAAUGUGUUAUGAAACAGAGGUUUUGGGAGUCUGAAUAAAUAAUUGGUUUCUGAAUUCCAAUGACGUUUUCAAAGUGAGUGCUGGACUGACUGCAAAAAACGCGUAACAACCAUGGGCCAUCUAUCCGAAUCCGAAAUGAAUGAAUCCAAUAAUAAUAUUGGAUCAAAAAUCUUGGCUGAAUCGUCUGAAAAUAAAUCAAAGAGAAGAAUAAAGAUACCACAUAUUGGAAUUCUGUAUGGACUCCUGAGCAGUGUUUUCUUUUCAUUUAAUGCAUUGCUUGCGAAACUACUUUCAUUGAACGCUGUUCAAAUUGCUUCAUCUCGUUGUUUCAUACAAUACAUUUUUCUGUUUCCCUACCUAAUUUACAAGGAAAAAAUGGAUGGAAUCCUGGGAUCACCAAAGAUACGACCUUUUCUGUGGCUCCGGGGAUUCUGCGGAUCAGUUUCAGGAAUGUUAUUUUACCUGGCUGUUAGAAAUCUUUCUGUUGGCAAUGCAGUCACGUUAGCUUUUUUAGACUGUGUGCUGUGUCCUAUUCUGGGCAGAAUAUUUCUUAAGGAAAGUCUCACUGUUAUGGAUUAUGUUUUUGCACUCAUUGCUUUUUCUGGAGUUAUUCUGAUAGCCCAACCUCCUUUCAUAUUUCCACAUUUGUCCAGCACAACCACAGAAAGUGCAUUUGGAGUCAUUUGCGCUCUUGUAAGUGCUUUGAUGGCGUCAUCCUCGUAUCUCUCGAUUCGAAAGAUUGGGACCCAAACACACUAUCUCAUUGUGACGUGGUAUUACUCUAUAGUAGGGUGUAUCCUUGAUCCUGUUAUUUUAAUAAUUUCUGGGCAGUAUCAACCUCCUUGUCUCUCUCAAAUACCUAUCAUACUUCUUUUGACGGCUUCUGGAUUCUUGGGACAAGUGACACUCACUCUUGCACUACAGCAUGAAAGAGCAGGAACAGUUGCAGUUCUCCUCACACUUCAGAUCAUUGUUGUAUAUUUUGUACAGGUUGUUUUUCUAAAUGACAUUCCUUCCAUGCUCAGCAUUAUUGGAACCGUUCUAAUAUUUUGCACAAGUAUCGGAAUCGGAGCAAGAAAAAUUAUAAAUGAAAGAAGGCGGCGAGUGAAGAAGUGACUAUGAAGACAUUACGGUACUCCCGUAGUAUGUGUACCAGGUUAUGGUUGGGUCAUAAUUUUAUUCUGAUUUUUUAGUUCCAUUUCGAGUUCGAGGUUCGAUAUUAGAGUAUUUGUUUUAAACUUUUAUAUUUUCAGGGUGUAUUUUAAACUUCUAUUAUUUUUUGAUUAAUGAGCCAGUGUAGUGUUUUAUAAAUUGUCGGAGAAUCGUUGCUGUUACGAUGUUACCUGUUUAAAAUUGAUUCUUCCAGUGUACGGUACCGCCCGCAUAUGAAACAAAUUUAUUGAAUAUUUACUAAAAUCAUUACCUACCUAAAAAAAUACUAACAAACGUCUUAUGAUUGCAGGGUAACUGUUUUUUUUGUGAUUAUGUAGUGAAGUUCGUAAUUGUUUUAUAUAUUUGCCAUUGAGAUUUUUAUCAGUAAUAUAAUUCCAGAUCAGUGUGAUAUGAUUAAUUUUUGAAUCUGUGAUUUUUAUUAAUAUAAAAGUGCUUUAUAUAUCACACUGCUGCUUUUUUGAGCAAUGAAAUUUUAUAUAUUUUGAUCAGCAUAUUUAUACCGUUUACUUAGUUUUUUACAUAGUUUGAAAACUUAUAGAAAAAAUUUAAAAUUUAGCUUUUCUAUUGCGCAGAGUGCUUUUGUCUAGCGAUACCCUUGAUGAGCUGAUAAAUGAAGAAAAAAAAAUUUGGUUGCUAUGAAUCUGUAGAUAUUUGCGUCACUGUUCAGUGGCAACUGCUAUCAUUUGCUGCUAUCGCCUUUUUUGUGAAAUCCCGCUUUCCACUAUAGUGUUAAUCAAUUUUCGACUAAUGUACUAUAAAUUUUAAGCUACCGUAUAUCAUUUGAUUUAAUCUAUAUCAUUUGAUAAAACAAAACUAAUUUAUAUACUAAAGCUAUAAUAUACUGAUCUGACAUCAGUAUAUUUAGCUCCCACUUUUGAGCAAAUUUUUAUUGAAAGAGGUGCAACUGUAACUGCUAUAAAGAUUGUUUAUUUAUUUGUUUAACAAGAAAGAGUGUUUCAAAGUUUUGAAUGAUUCCUCGUGUUCACAUUUUACAAAUUUAAUUUUUAAAUUGCAAUUUUUUAAUCAAGGAUAAACUGUUAUCAUUCUCUAUAUUUCUUUCACUAUUCUAGA